AUGUCAAGAAGAGGCUUACGAGAUGAAGAAAUCGAACGAUUAUUGUGUGAAAUUCCAUCAGACGAGGAUUCCACUGUUGACACCACAGAUGACGAAUCUGAUUAUGAAGCAAGCAUUGUUGCGGAGGCUAUUGUGUCGUCUGAAGGCGAAGUUUCAGAGAGCGAGGAAGAAAGUGAGUCCACUCCGCCAAAACGCGCUGCUGACACAGCGCCAACUUGGGGACAACAAUUCAAUGCUACCUCAGGAAUGCAGUUCGACAGUGAAUCAGGACCAAGUGCUUUUAUUAGGGACAUUGAUGAUCCAGAACCUAUCGAUAUAUUCGAAAAAAUAUUUCCAAAAGAGCUAGUUGAGCUAAUCGUUUUCCAAACAAAUUUAUAUGCGACGCAAUCUGGCAAGUCUUUCACUCCAACAACUGACAAUGAAAUACGAACUUUCCUGGGAAUCAACAUUUUGAUGGGUAUAAAGCGUAUGCCAGCAUACAGAGACUACUGGUCUAGUGCCCCAGAACUUCAUGAUCGUUAUAUUGCAUCUCUGAUGGCAGUAAAUCGGUUUGGAUGGUUACUGAGGAACAUUCAUCUGAAUGAUAACACAUUGCAUCCAGAAAAAGGACACCCAGGUUAUGACAAACUGUACAAGCUGCGACCAGUGAUCAAGAUACUAUCUGAAUCUUUUUCCAAGUGUUACCAACCCAGCAAACACCUAGCAAUUGAUGAGUCAAUGAUCAAAUUCAAAGGCCGCAACAGUAUGAAACAAUACAUGAGAGAUAAACCCAUAAAGCGUGGUUACAAAGUGUGGAUGCUGUGUGACAAGACCUCUUACAACUUGAAAUUUGAUAUUUACACCGGAAAAGUAGGUGACACAGUGCAAACAGGCCUUGGGGAGCAUGUAGUGCUGAGUUUGUCCUCUGAACUCGUAAAUAAAGGCCAUUAUCUUUAUUUCGACAACUAUUUCAAUAGCUAUAACUUGUUGGCUGGUUUACAGCAGAGAAACAUAUAUGCCUGUGGGACAGUUCAACCAACAAGGAAACAUUUACCCAAAUUAAAAACAGACAAAGAAUUAAGCAGAGGUGAAUUUGACUGGAGGGUCAGCAACUGUGGCAUCCUCUACUUGAAGUGGAAAGAUAAGAGAGCUGUUCAUCUCCUUUCAAAUUUUCACAGUCCUGAAGUUACUACAGUGACUCGCCGUGAAAGAGAUGGUUCACGCAUAGAGCUACCUUGUCCUCAAGCAGUGAUGGAUUACAAUGCACACAUGAACAAUGUCGACAAGUUCGACCAACUGAAAAAAUCAUAUGAAAUAAGCCGGAGAAGUAAAAAGUGGUGGCACCGAAUAUUCUUUCACCUGCUUGAUGUCAGUAUCGUCAACAGCUAUAUAAUUUGGAAGGAACUAGGCGAUAGAGAAAAAAUGACUGCCAAAGUCUUCAGGAUGAGUAUCCUGCAAAGCUUAGUAACCCAGAAAACACCAUUGAGGCCAUCUAGACUUCAUGAGAGUCAAGUCCACGUAAAGAAAAACAAGCCAUAUGUUUCCUCACGCCAGCGUCUCGACAAUUCAUCCCACCAGCCAGAGCGUACUACCGCCAGACGUUGUGCGAAAUGCAGUACAAAAAAGAAGCAAGUGCGCACUUUCUGGAUGUGCGCUGAAUGCAAAGUGCCUUUGUGCCUUAGCAAAACAAAAAGGUGCUUUCAAGAUUUUCACAAAAAGGAAUAA